UUCAGGAUCUUCGAGAUGAUAGAAUUAGCAGUUGAAUAUUUAUGACAGAAGGAAGGAUUGACGACUCAAAAAUUCUGCUGCCAUGACUGCUGUAUAUUUCGCGUUCUUUAGAACUGAGCGAAGUUGACUGAAUUUCGCACGCGAUUAACGAUGCAAUCAACGGAUGACUUAACGGGAAUGAACGGCACGAACGACAGCAGCCACGUGGCUGACCGAGCGGCUGUCAGACUUCUGCAGACAUCGGUUAUUUCGAGGGCUGAUGCUGACACUGAUGAUGUGUCAGGCAGCAUUGCUGCCAUGGUUGUGCUGGCAGUGCUCGCUGCUGUCACCAACAGCCUGCUCCUGUCAAUCAUGCUGCUACGAAGACCACUCAGAGCCAACCCUUCCAACAGGUUGGUCAUGAGCCUGACAGUCUUGAACCUGUUGCUGUCGCUGCUGGUGCUUCCCAUGUGCAUGGUCGUGACUUAUUCCCACACUGUCACUUGGAACGAAUUUCCAUUCAAUGAGGCGCAGAGAAAUCUUCCUCAUAGCCACACCAAAAACAACGAUGUACGAACUACAAAAAGCGCAGUUUCAAAUUCUGAUCAUGACAUUAAUGAAGGCACAACUGAAGAUCUCGUGUCGCCAAGUCACACAGACCUGGGGCAAUUCUUGACGACCGCAUCUGAUAUUGCCAGUUCCAGCUUCGGUCCGUCCCCUUCGAGCACUUAUAACUUGGACUAUCAUUUUACGGAUCUAUUCAGCGACUCUGUCCCAUCCGUGCUACCAAGUGGGUCUAGCAAAGAUGACGAUAUAUCAAGGAGGGACAGCCGGGCAGCAGCUUCUUCAAGUGAAACAAACAACAUCGGUAGAACGCGAAGGUCUGCUGAAAGGUCUUCGGUCGUAUUGGAGGGAGCUGGUCUUUUGAAGCGCUUGAACUCGGCGCUUGAUGGGCAUGUUGGCAGUGGCGCUAAAUCUCUAGCGAGCGACAAGGGAGGAAUUAUCGAGAGAAUACUAUCAUAUUAUAAAAUAUUAGGUUCAGCUAUGAGUGCGGAUGGUUCUAAUGACCGUAACUGCAGAAGAAGAUGGACUCAAUGUCAACGCUUAUGGAAGAAUAACACCUCCAAAACAUUAAACAUAAAUUAUUUAUAUUUAAGACAGUGUCUCAUCAAACUAAAUUUUGAAUUGGGCGAAGUUAUAGGCGGUAGAUGUAACCUCACCUCUAAUCAUAGUGGGAUUAAGUUUAAAAGCCAAGAGCUUUGCUCUGAUCGCAAUUACCAUGAGCUUUUUCGUAAGUGGACCCAGUUUCUGGGCAAACUCUUCAGUCGAGACUCGUUAUCUUCACCGCUGAGUAUUAAUUCGGCAAAAACUUCUCUAUACAACACUGGUCCUAAGUUUUACUCUGAAAAUCGACAGUCAUACACCACCGAAAUGUCACCCAAUGCACUCGUAAGAAACAACAUGGCUGCAAAUCAGAUUGGCCCGACAUAUAUAUCGUCGAAAAAUGCCAACAAUUUAUCUCAAAGAAACGGACAAAGUCAUAACUUCGAAUCUGACCUCGAAAAUCUCAAAGUGAAUUCCAAAAAUCAGCAGGAUCAUGCCCUAAAAUUCAACAUGGCCGUCAUCUCACUCCGUGAAGUGGUGAACUCCUCCAGUAAGACUCGCGUGGUGAGAGCAACGCCGGGGGCUGGAGAAGACCGAACACGCGGCGGCACUCAGGAGGCGGAGGAGCCAGUAAGUGAGAUGGUUGAAGAGCUGGUGAGCGGGAUGGUCGAUGACCCAGUGAGCGGAAUGGUCGAGGACCCAGUGAGCGGGAUGGUCGAAGAGCCUGUGAGCGGGAUGGUUGAAGAGCCGGUGAGCGGGACGGUUGAAGAGCCGGUGAGCGGGACGGUUGAAGAGCCGGUGAGCGGGAUGGUCGAGACAGUGCCCAGUACGCUGUGUCUACUCGUGGGCUUCCUCACCAACUGGCUGUUCUCCACCUCCUCCUUCACCGUCGCCGUCAUCGCGCUAGACAGGUUCGUGUCGCAGAACUACGCGCUUUAG